AAAUAUUUGUGUCAAUAACUAAAUGUAUUCAAAACAAAUCAACUUUGUCAGCGAGAAGAAGAAUUUAAAAGUGGACGCAGAUUUGAAGAAUGAUUUCAGUAUUGAACCGAUUUGUUGGCUUCUUCGUGUGGAUUAUCGGUUUUAACGUCUUCUACAAUACCACCUCAAGUGUUACAAAUUCAAAACAUACGUGUGCCCUUCCUUGGAAAAGAAAUUUUGGAUUUACAACCAAUGCAACAGAUGAGACCGGAAGAUUUUUCGACGGAUUGAGAACUAUAAUCACGGGUUUUUUAUAUAGUCAUGAAGAAGAUGAAAGUUUGAAAAUUCAUCUUGACAAAUGUUCCAAAGAUAUCAACUGUAAACUUUCUACUGUCCUAGACAAAAACAAAAAAGGUGUGAUGUUUCUUUGCAUAUUGGUAGAGAGAUCGGAAGUUUGUUACAUAUCCAAUUGUUCGUGUCAAAAAAAGCAAGGAAAACGAGAAAUUCAGUCAAUAAUUUUUCAGCAUGCGACUAAAGGUGUAGAUAGAAUUGGUGAUCGGGAUAUUGAUGAUCUACGUUGUGAGCUCAGAAAAUCAACAAAGCAAUAUUUACAAUAUAAAACAGUCAGCAGAUUCAACCAAAAUGUGAUCUGUACAAACGGUGUCACACAAAGUGGUUUCAAGGAGGAAAAUACUUCAGUCAAAGAGGAAUGUUUAUGCAAAAAUCGAAAAAAUAGAGAUACUAACAUGGGUAUGAACGUUCUCUUUUUCUUCGGCGGAGCACUGUUGGGAUUGUUCUUUGGAAUAGGUGUCACUGUAGCAUAUUUUAAAAGAAAAUCUAAAAAACCAAGAAUUUUAUCGGUUCGUAACAUGGUAUAUAAUCGGGAAAGGACAGACGACGAAGAAAUCACUUUCAAGGAAAUUACUGAAUAUUCUGAAAUCACUAACAAUUAUAGUAAUAUUGAAGAAGAAGAAACACUGUUGGAAGGAAAGAGAAUGAAAAAUGCUUGCAAUCAAGAUAGAGAUGGGUGUAUUAAUCAACAUGGUAAAACGCAUGUUGUACAAUCCAUGACUGUGAAAGAAAGCCUUAGCAGCCCAAGCUUUGUGGAAAAUUCACAUCCACUACAAUCUGCUGAAGCUUUAAAAAGGGAAGAAUAUUUGGAACCUACCACUCACCAUUAUUACACGCAAUGUCAGGUGGAUAGCAAUCUUUUCAAAAUUGAGAAAAAGGAAGACGAAGGUUGCGCAGGAGGGAAAGAAAACCAUCAUGUCAAUGAAAAGGAUUGUGCAAAUCUAGUUGGUCCUCGUGACGAAAAUGUUGAUCAUUACACGAUCUUGAUCGAGAAUUCCACAGAAAAUCGUGAAAUCUUUUUACCAAAAGAAACAAAUCAUAGAUCUUCAAACCUGUGCAAUGUUAGCGAUGAUUAUAGUGAGGAGGAACCACCAUACUAUGUUUUACGCACAACUCAGACAAAUCAACCCGUAUAUACCAAUACAUGUAUUGCAAGCAGCGACCAGGAAAUUAUUCAAACAUAAUCCCUGAAAAAAAAAGCUUCUCCCAAAAGUAGAAGAUUGAUUAAGGGUUUGAAUUAAUUGCUUUUUUAUUCAUAGAAGCUAAUGUGUUUUUUUUUUACUUUUCAUAAUUCGUUUUAGCCACUGGAGCAACUUUCAACAAAAUAACCGUGGAUUUUUCUGUUCAUGUGGAUGCAAACAAUGCAUACUUCUUUCUCAUGUCAAUGUUGCAUGUAUAGGGCAAGUAGAAACAGCAUUGGUUGUUCAGGACCAAAAUACUCAUGGGGAAAAUGGGUAUUUUGCAAUGAUCACUACAUGUUUAAUUAAGUCAUCAUUCAUAUCAUGAAUAGACACUGUCUUCCCUUCUAAUCCUUAGACUCUAAAUCUUAAAAAAGAGAAAAAACUAUUCACAAAAUAAUUAUUGUAAUAUUAUUGAAAUAAGAGAAAAGCAAAUACUAUUUUGUUGUAAAUAAUAUAUUUUGAUUUCUUGUAUUUUGAAAAAUAAAAACAUUCAUUAUGACUGCAUAAAUUAUAUUCCUAAACAUAUGGGUAAAAUGUUCAUGCUAACAUUCAUGAUUUGUCUUAUUCAAAAGGGAAAUGUAAUAUAGGAUUCAAUUAGCAUCCGGCAUUUAGUAGAUCCCGAUUUAAGUCACUACUUUCGCAUAAAUAUAUUUCAAGAGAGGUUUUUAUGUACUAGUAUUUUAUUCUUAUCCUGCAACUUACACAUGCAUUGGCUAUAUUAAUAAUGCAAAUUUAUAUAUGUUGAGAUGU